AUAAUAAAAUCAAGUAUAUGAUAUUUGGUAGUAUUUUAUUUUUAUCUAUUAACAUAAAUACAGCAGAUAUAUGGCUAUAAAUUGUAAUUUUUGAAACUCUUGAUAUGCAAGCCUAUUUUUGCCUAUAUUACACUACUUCUGAAAGUUGCUCAUAGGCGGCUAUUUUCUCAGAGAUCCCCGAUCUGGCAACUGUAAUUGGGCCGGACGAGUAUAAGUAAGCCCGUUAGCCCAUAUCUCCCAUUCGGAAAAGCCCCGCCAUCCGAAUCCCAGAAAAGUGAAGUAGAAAAUAUAAAGGUGCAAUCAAUCUCAAGACAGGAAAGAGGGCUGAGUCGAAUUCGUGAAGAAUAAACUUUGCUUGUGUGAGUAAGGUAAUGAUAAUUGAUUCUGUUGCACCAGCUAUUAAGCGCCAGAGAUUCACCACCGUUGAUCCAAUGGACUUAGAAUCAGCUAAGGUGAAGCUUGCAGCUGCAAAAGAAAAGUUUGGAUGUGAAAUCCGUGUAUUUGAAACAGCAUCAGCUUCUUCAGCGCCUCCUGAAGUUUCCAGCAAUGUGUCAGAGGAGCCAGAAGACUUCUAUGAGUUCACCCCGGAGGAUUAUUAUCGACUUUUGGGAACAAAAAAAGAAGAGAAGCACUUGAAGACAAAGAAAAUUCGCGAGGCAGAAGAAGCUGCACGCAGAGCAAGGAUGACUAAGGCUGUAAUCAGAGUGCGCUUUCCAGAUAACUAUAUAUUGGAGGCCACAUUUCACCCAUCAGAGAAAAUCCAGAGCUUACUUGACCUCCUUAUGAAAGUGAUUGCUCACCCUGAACUGCCUUUCUAUAUCUAUACUACUCCUCCGAAGAAGCAAAUAAAAGAUGUAUCUCAGGAUUUCUAUUCUGCUGGAUUUAUUCCUGGUGCUGUUGUCUAUUUCUCUUAUGAUCUGCCCAAAGGUGAUGAUGGUGCUGCAGCCUCAGGAUCCUAUCUUCAAGAAGAGGUCUUGUCUUUGCAAGGAUUGGAUUCUAUGAUAGAGAAGGUGGAGCCUGGUGAACCUAGCAGAGAUGAAUCUCCAGCACGCAACCCCCCUGCUUCUGUAGAAGAUCAAAAGCCUGCUGCUGAUAAGAAGAAAAUUAAGCCAAAGUGGUUGAAAUUGUGAUAUGAUUGAUCUUAGGGUUAUACUUUAAUAAAGUGUUAGUCUGUGUAAUCAUUUGCUUGUUCUGUAAUCAGUUGUCACUAGAAGCUAAAACAUAUGUGCAUGUCCUCUUUGCUUCAAAUGGAUAGUCAUUUUCUGGAGUUGUAUGCCAAAGAGGAGGUUGAAACUCGGAAAUAUGUUGUUCCUUGUUCAAAAAUGUAGAUUGAAAAUGAACUU